UCAUUAAAAUAUCGUUGAUUUUCAUCUACCAACGCGGCAACAACAGUGAAAUAGAAGCAGACGCUUUUUCUGUGGACGGAUUUUUUUCCCAUUUGUUUACUUUGCUGUUUAUUCUGUGGGAUUUUAUUUACACUUAUCUGGAUUUUACUUUUGGAGUAUUAUUGUGCUUAUUUUUGGUUUAUCCAUUUAGAGUGACUACAUUUGAUAUUAUUUUCAACCGGUGCAAAUAACCGAAAUAUUAGUAAGGGUAAUGUGAAUGCCGGGGGUGAGUGAUGUCACAAAGGGAAGAUGCCAUUAAAUUCGAAACAGGUCGAAUUAAGGCGCUCCAGGAGGAGCGUCUUCACAUACAGAAAAAGACUUUUACCAAAUGGAUGAACUCUUUCCUACAAAAGGCAAGAAUGGAAGUGGAAGACCUUUUCACUGAUCUUGCCGAUGGUAAAAAGCUUCUGAAACUCCUUGAAAUCAUAUCCGGUGAAAAACUUGGAAAACCUAACCAUGGAAAAAUGCGGGUGCAUAAAAUUGAAAAUGUCAAUAAAAGUUUGGCAUUUCUUCACACGAAAGUUAGAUUAGAAAGUAUUGGCGCUGAAGAUAUUGUAGAUGGAAAUCCAAGAUUAAUAUUAGGUUUAAUAUGGACAAUAAUUUUAAGGUUUCAAAUACAAGAAAUCGAAAUUGAUGUUAAUGAAGAUGACGAAAGUAGUGAAAAGAAAUCUGCUAAGGACGCUUUGCUACUUUGGUGCCAAAGAAAAACAGCCGGGUAUCAAGGUGUUAAUAUACAAGACUUUCAUGUGUCCUGGAGAACUGGCCUUGGAUUUAACGCUCUUAUCCAUUCCCAUCGUCCGGAUCUGAUAAAUUUUAAUGCUCUUCAUAGCAACACCCACAUCCAGAACCUCAACAAUGCAUUCGACAUUGCACAGAAAGAGCUCGGAAUUCCCCGACUCUUGGAUGCUGAAGAUGUUGACACAAGUAAACCUGAUGAGAAAUCUGUCAUUACAUAUGUUGCCUCUUACUAUCACACAUUUGCCAGAAUGAAGAGCGAAAUGAAGGGUGGGAAACGAAUUGCCAAUAUAGUUAGUCAAAUGAUGGAAGGUGAUAAAUUGAAGAAUAAUUAUGAAUUGUUUACCAGUAAUCUUCUUCACUGGAUUCAAAUGAAGAUAAAAGAUCUUGAUAACCGAAACUUUCCUAAUUCUCUAGAAGGGAUACAAAAAGAGCUUAUGAUUUUCAAGGAAUACAGAACAAUUGAAAAACCGCCCAAAUACAAAGAGCGUAGUGAAAUUGAGGCAUUGCUUUUUUCAAUCCAAACAAAAAUGAAGGCGUUGGGGCAACCUUUAUAUGUGCCCCCUGAAGGGCAAUUGGUACAUGAUAUUGAAAGAGCCUGGGACGAAUUGGAAAAAGCCGAACACAGAAGAGAGGUGGCUCUGAGAGAGGAGCUUCUGAGACAAGAGAAAUUAGAAAAUCUUGCAUAUAGGUUUGAAAGAAAAAGUGUUGUUCGAGAAGGUUAUCUAAAAGAAAUGAUCCAAGUGCUCUCUGAUCCUCGAUAUGGCAGCAACUUAUCACAAGUUGAAGCUACUGUUAAAAAACAUGAGGCCAUUAGUGCAGAUAUUCUUGCUAGGGAAGACAGAUUUAAAAAUUUAACAACAAUGGCUGAUGAGCUUGUUUCAGAAAACUACCACAGCAAGGAGAAAAUUAAAAUAAGGGAGCAAGAAAUAAUGCAGAGAUGGGCUUAUCUAUUAGAACUCUUGAAAAAGCAUCGAUCUACUUUAACAAAUUUAAGCAACCUGAUGUGCAUGUUACGAGAAAUCGACACUAUUACUGUUGAAAUAAAAGACAUGGAAAGCAGUUUUUAUAGUGAUGAUUUGGGCCGUCAUUUAUUGGCCGUUGAAGAUUUACUUCAGAAGCAUAGUCUGGUUGAAGGUCAGAUCGCAUCUCAUGGGGACACCAUUCGUAAAUUGAACAAACAAGCAUUGGGUUACAUUAAUGAUGGUCACAAGGAAGCUCCGAUUCUGCAGAAGCGCCUCAAUAAGUUAAAUGCUGAAUAUGAAAACUUAGAGAGUUUGGCAUCAAAUCGUCGUGUUAAGUUGGAAGAAUCUCGUACUUAUUACCAGUUUGUGCAAGACCAAGAAGAGGAAGAUGCUUGGAUGGUUGAGAAGCAACUGAUUUGUAAAUCCGUUGUUCCUGGAAAAGAUCUACAGGGAGCUUUAUCUCUUCAACAAAAACACAAGGCACUGGAUGUUGAAAUCAAUGCACGUUGGCCUCAAAUUACCAAAGUUAUGGAAGCUGGAAAUGCACUGAAAGCCCAGAGGCAUCCUGAGAGUACAGACGUUUCACACCGAAUCGAUGCAUUGAAAAAGAAUUGGGACAAGCUACGAGAACUUUGGACAUUAAAAUCCAAGCAACUGGAAGACGCCUCAGCAGCCUAUCAGUACCAAGCUGAUGCAAAUGAAGCUGAAUCCUGGAUGAAAGAAAAACGACAAUUAAUGUCAAGUACUGAUUAUGGAAAAGAUGAACCAAGUGCUCAGGCUCUUUUGCAGCGUCAUGCCCAUCUAGAGGGAGAGAUUAAGGCCUAUAGCUCUGAUAUUGAACGUUUAAAUGAACAAGCAGAUCUGAUGAUUAAAUCUGGUGUUGCUACAUACUUUUUGUCUGAAACUGCUGAUGAACCUGCUGGUGAUGAAUGGAUUGAAGAGGUAGUAAUAGCCCCUGUUGAAGAGUGGGUAGAGGAAAUGGUUGAAAAAGAAGUGGUAAAAGAAUUUUUGGAAGAUCGAAAAAUUCCUCAAGUGCACGCCAUGUAUAAGUUUGCUGGUAACGAGUUUGAUGUAGAUAAAGGAGAAGUAAUGAUGCUGUUACAAAAGACUAACUCUGAUUGGUGGAACGUUCGCAAAUCUAAUGGCCUUGAGGGUUUUGUUCCUGCAAAUUAUGUGAGUGAAAUUGAGCCAAAAGUAGUUCGUAAAAGGACUCAAAAAGUGAUGAAAGUUCCUGAAAAAUGUAGAAUUAAAAAGACUGUUAUGAAAAAGCAAGUGGUGAAAAAGAAGAAUCAAGCAUUACCUUAUAAAAAAGUUCUAUCUCGAUCACCAAGUAAAUCUCAAGAGUUCAUUCAGCGCCGCCAAAAAGCCAUAAAUGAAUCCUAUGCUGAACUUAAAGAAUUAUCUAAGGCUCGAAGACAUUUCUUGGAGGAUGCCAUACACUUGUUUAGUUUUUACAGAGAAUGUGAUGAUUUUGAAGCUUGGAUGAAAGACAAAGAUCGAAUACUAACUACAAAAGAUCCAAAAGAAGGAGUGGAAGUUAUGAAAAAGAAAUUUGAGAUUUGGCAAAACUUUUUGACUGACUUAUCUGCCACUAGUCGUCGUGUUGAUGAAAUUGAUGGGUGUGUUGAUGAUUUUGUUAAAACUAAACAUAGUCAAUUAGGAGCUGUGAAAUCAAGACAAAAUCAAAUUCAUGACAGGUGGAAAAGUUUAAAUAACCUAAAGACAGACAUUGAGAAGAGCUUAGAAGGUGCCACUAGUGUUGAGUUGUUUGAGAGAACCUGCGAUGACGCAUAUGAAUGGAUGCUAGAAAAGCUUGAAAAAAUUGAGACUGAUGACCUUGGGAGAGAUAUGAAAACUGUCCAAGCCUUACAGCGUAAACAUCAGAAUAUUGAAAGAGAAUUGGCACCAAUUGAGGAAAAAUUUAAUAGAGUCAAUCUAUUAGCCGAUUCUGUGAAAUCAUCAUAUCCUACAGAACGAAGCAAUGUGACCACUCGACAGCAAGAGCUAAAUGAUCUUUGGGUUAAAGUAAAGGAAAAAGCUGCCCAAAGACGUGCCAGAUUGGAUGAAUCACUAGGUUUGCAAAUAUUUAGAAACAGUGUGAAAAGCCUUCUUACAUGGGUGAGUGGUGUUAAACAGUCUCUGAACAGUGAUGAACCUGCGCGAGAUGUUGCCACUGCAGAAAAUCUUUUGAAAAAACAUCAAGACCUCGGUGAUGAUAUAGCUGCACAUCAGGAUGAAUUUACAGAUAUUCAAGGAUUAGGUGUAAGCUUACUUCAGAAGAAUCCAGAGUCAAUGGAAAUUCGAGAUGCACUAGUGCAGCUACAAGAAGAACAGGACGCUAUACAUCGAGGUUGGCAGGAAAAAGGGGAUUGGCUGAGGCAGUGCAUGGAUUUGCAAGUUUUCACUCGAGAAGCUGAUCAGAUCGAUAGCAUAACAAACAGUCAUAAUGCCUUCUUGGAGUUUGAAGAUCUUGGUACAAAUUUGGAUGAUGUUGAAACUUUAUUAAAGAGACAUGAGAAUUUCUUAAAUACACUUAUUGCUCAAGAUGAAAGGUUGAGAACUUUUAGUGAAAUGGCUGACAAACUUAUUGCUGCAAGGCACUACGAGAGUAAAUACAUUGAUGAAAAGAGGAAAAGUGUUUUGACACAGCGCCAAGCAGUUAAAGAAAAGGCAGAACAACGUAAAGCCAUGCUUUUAUCUUCUCAUGCAUUUCAAGAAUUCCGUACAGAUGUUAACCAGCUGUCUGCAUGGAUUCAAGAGAAAUUAAAAACUGCUUCUGAUGAAUCUUAUAGAGAUUUGACAAAUCUUGAACGAAAGCUACAAAAACAUGAAGCAUUUGAAGCUGAAUUAAAAGCAAAUGCUGAAAGGCUUGAUUCUAUCAAUAAGAAUGGUGGUAGUCUUCUUACUGGUGGUCACUAUGCAGGUGAAAAAAUCCAAGCACUUCUCAAGCAGCUGAAUGAGCAAUGGGAGGAAUUGUGUGCAAAAACUGUGGAAAAGGGACAAAAAUUGAGAGAGGCAAAUGCACAGCACACAUAUAAUAGAACUCUAGAAGAUGCUCGAACUAAGUUAGAUGAGCUAGAAAACUCAUUGGCCUCUGAAGACCUUGGACAUGACCUUAGAAGUGUUAAGAAGCUUCUGAAACGACAUCAGAUGCUUGAAAAUGAGCUUUUAACCUGGGAAACAAAAGUUACCGAGCUUGUAUUUCUUGGUGAGGAAAUGGCUAGCCAGGGUCAUUUUGAUGCUCAAAAUAUACUAAAAGGGACAAAGGCUGUUUCUGAAAGAUUCGAUAAGAUGAAGACCCCUGCUGCGCAAAGACGUUAUAUCCUUGAAGAAUCCCUUAAAUUCCACGAGUUUAACUUUGAAGUAGAUGCUGAAUUGCAGUGGAUCAAGGAACAUAUGCCUGCUGCAACAUCUCUGGUUCUUGGACAAAAUUUGAUAGAUGCCCAAAACAUGUACAAAAAACAUCAGAAACUUGAACGAGAGAUUACUGGACAUCAGCCUAUGAUUGAUAAGACCUUGUCAUCAGGGCAAUCACUCAUGGACCUAAAACACUAUGCAGCAGAUUCCAUAAAAUCUAAAUGUGUUGAACUUCAAGAUUCAUGGAAAACACUCUUGGAAUCUGCAUCAGAAAGGAAGAAAAAGCUUGAGUUAUCCCUGAAAUCACAAUCCUUUUUCUCAGAAGCUAAUGAAGUUGAGUUGUGGAUGAAUGAAAAAACUGAUGUUUUGGAAAGCUCUGACUAUGGAAAGGAUGAAGAUGCAGCAGUGAAACUUCUCACUAAACAUAAAGCUCUUGAACUGGAGAUUGAUACCUAUUGUAGUUUAAUCACAGAAAUGGGUCAUCAAGCUCAAAUAAUGAUUGAUUCCAAUCAUCCUGAUUCCAAAAUCAUAAGCAAUAGAAUGCAAGUUGUAAAUCAACAAAUGAAGAAUAUUCAGAAAUUAGCUAAUAUCAGGAGGCAAAAGCUUAUAGAAUCCAAGAAUUUACAUGAGUACUACAGGGAGAGUGAUGAACUCGAAAACUGGGUGAAUGAACAAAUGUUGAUGGCCAAUUCAGAAGAUUAUGGACAAGAUUAUGAACAUUUAUUGUUACUACAAUCCAAAUUCGAUGAUUUCAAAUUGCGUGUUGAAACUGGAUCAGAACGAUUUAAUCAAUGUGAAGAACUGGCAAAAAAACUUGUCGCUAGUGACAGUGGAUAUUCAGGAAAAAUUGACCAAAGGCAACAACAUUUAAGGCAAUCUUGGUCGGUACUGCUCGAUACGAUUGAAGCAAGGGAUCAAAAGCUGCAGGCAGCCGGAGAAAUUCAUCGCUUCAAUCGGGACGUUGCCGAUGCUCUGUCUAGGAUACAAGAGAAAUAUGCCAGCAUAUCUGAUGAUUUAGGACGAGACUUGAACAGUGUACAGAAUUUAAUUAGGAAACAUGAAGGGUUUGAAAACGACUUGGUUGCUUUAGAAGCUCAAUUGCAAAUAUUAGUGGACGAUAGUGCUCGAUUGCAAGGCUCUUAUCCGGGUGGCAAUGCUGAUCAUAUAUUAGAACAACAAAAUAUUGUGAUUGAGAACUGGAACACCCUGCAAGAAAGAGCAGCUCAACGAAAGAUUGAAUUGCAAGCAUCAUAUCAGCUGCAGCGCUUCUUGGCUUCAGUACGUGAUGUAGAAAACUGGGCACUAGGUCUUUGCUCUUCUUUAAAGACCGAAGAAAAAGUGAGAGAUGUCACCAGUGCUCAAAUGUUGAAAGCUGAACAUGAAAGAUUAAAAGCUGAAAUUGAAGCAAGAGAAGGAACUUUUGGAACCAUUGUAAAUGCUGGAGAAGAAAUGAUCGAAAAUGGACAUUAUGCUCAUGAGGAAAUUCGUGAACGUUUAGACCACCUCCUUGGCAUUCGUGGUGAUCUGCAUACUGCAUGGCACAAGAAAAAGAUCUACCUUGAUCAGCUGUGUGACUUGCAAUGCUUCUUAAGGGACGCAAAACAACUGGACACUCUGAGUAGCCAACAAGAGGUUUACUUAUCUAGUUCUGAUGUUGGAAAUACAGUCGAGGAGGUCGAUGUUUUGGUUAAGAAACAUGAAGCAUUUGAGAAGCUACUUGCCACACAAAAUGAAAAGUUGAUCUCACUUCAAGACCACGGAGAAAAACUUUUGCAGCAAAAUCAUUUUGAUUGCGAAACAAUUCGCACGAGAAUGUUAGAAGUGACCACAAGGAGAUCAAAAGUUCGAGACCUUAGUAACCUUAGGAGGCAAAAACUUGCUGACAGUCUUCUUUACACACAAUUUACAAGAGAUGCAACAGAGGCCGAAGCCUGGAUAGCUGACAAAAAGAAAUCUUUAGAGUCUGAACAAGAUAUGAGUCAGAUAGCAAGUCUAGAGGAUAAAAUGAGAAAGCUUCAGAAACAUCAAGCAUUCCAGGCUGAACUCUCUGCUCAUGAAAGCAACAUUCAAAAUAUAAAACAGAAAGGAGAGCUUCUGUUAUCCAAGAACCACGAGUCUUCCUCUAAAGUGAGGCAGCAACUGGAAAGGCUUUUGAAACAGUGGAAUGAGUUGAUUACCUCUUCAACCAAUUUGGGACGUGGUUUAGAAGAAGCUCAAGAUAUAUUGGAAUUUAACAAUCAAGCAGAGAAAAUUGAAGCAUGGAUUAGAGACAAGGAAAUGAUGGUUCAAGCUGGAGAUACUGGAAAAGAUUUUGAACACUGUCAAGCUCUUCAAAGGAAGCUAGAUGAUGUUGAUUCUGAUAUGCGAGUAGAUGAACUGCGAAUGAAGAACAUUAACUCUUUGGCUAAUAAGUUGAUUCGACAGGGAAGAUCUGACAAUCAGUCUGUGCAGCAAAGACAAGAAGAACUGAAUCGAAAAUGGAAAGCCUUACAGGGUGCCUUGGAAUUGUAUCGUCAAAAAUUGUCGAAUGCAUCUGAUGUCCAUGGCUUCAACAGAGAUGUCGAUGAUACAAAUGACCGUAUCAAUGAAAAAUCCUUGACACUUUCAGUUGAAGAGGAAACAAAAGACUUAAGGUCAGUUGAAGCAUGUCAACGUAAAUUAGAAACUACUGAGCGAGACAUUACAGCAAUUGAAGCAAAACUUAAAGAACAUGAUGGUGAUGCUCGCCGAUUAACUCAGAAGAAUCCAGAUGUAUCUCCACAGACAAGGCAGAAGCUGUCUGAAGUACAAGAGAAUUGGAGAAAAUUGACCAAUCUCUGCCUUAACAGGAAACAGACACUAUCAUCUGCUUACACUUUGCACAAAUUUUUGGCUGAUUUCAGUGAACUAGAAUCUUGGGUGAAUGAUAUCACUAACCGAAUGAAUUCUGAUGAGUUAGCCACAAAUAAUUCUGAAGCUCAGAGUAUGUUACAACUUCACCAAGAGCGAAAAGCUGAAAUCAAUGGUCGCCAGGAAGCUAUUAAGAAUCUAAAGGAAUUUGGGCAUCGUCUUGUUCAACAAAAACACCCAUCAAAAGACUUAGUUGAAACUAAACUUCAACAUUUAGAUGAACUGAGGAAAACUCUAACUCAAAUUUGGGAAGAAAGGAAGCACAUGCUCACCCAAUGCAGAGACUUACAGGUUUUCAAAGAACAAAUUGAGACAGCAGAGUCUUGGCUUUCAGCAAAAGAAGCUUUUCUAAAUAAUGAAGAUUUAGGGGAUUCCAUGUCCAGCGUAGAAGCUCUAGUUAAAAAACAUGACAAUUUUGAGAAAACGAUGAGUGCCCAAAGUAACAAGAUCAAGGAGUUAGAAACAUUUUCCACUGAACUCAUAGCUGCGAAGCACUAUGACAACGUAGCCAUCCAAAGUCAGUGCCAAGCAGUGUGCAAUAAGUUGGACAAGCUGAAAGAAAGUGCUCUGAUACGAAGAAAAAAGUUGCAAGAAUCCAGAGAGUUGCAAAAGUUUCUUCGCAAUAUCUAUGAGGUUGUUGGCUGGAUAAAUGAGAAGUUCCAGGUUGCGUCGGAUGAAUCCUAUAGAGAUCCAACCAAUCUCCUGAGUAAAAUUCAAAAACAGGCUGCGUUUGAGGCUGAAUUGGCUGCCAACAAAGCCAGAGUGGAUGCAGUGAUUGGAGAGGGGGAAAGACUGAUUAACGGUGGGCAUUAUGCAUCUUUCCAAAUACAGAACCUUUUACAAGACUUGGAAAUGCAUUGGAGACAGCUACUAGACCAAACUGCCCUCAAGAAAGAACGAUUGCAAGAUGCAUAUCAGGCUUUGCAAUUUAAUAGAAUGUUAGAUGAGUUGGAUGUUUGGAUGGAUGAAAUUGAAAUUCACCUUCAGUCUGAAGAUCAUGGAAAGGAUCUCACUGCAGUGCAAAAUCUACUCAAAAAACACCAUCAUUUGGAAACAGAUAUAAAUAACCACGCUGAAAAUAUUGAACAAAUAAAAGAUUUGAACAUCAGCUUUCAGAAUAGCAAUCAUUUUCUGAAGGAGGAAAUUGAAGAAAAGGCUUUGACCACUGUAAACAGGUAUCAGUCCUUGCAUGAUCCCGUACAAAUUAGAAGAGAAAACUUGGAAGAUUCUCUACUUCUUCACCAAUUCAAUCGUGAUGUGGAAGAUGAACUCUCAUGGAUUUGUGAAAAAGAACCACUUGCUGCAUCAGCAGAUCUGGGCAAUAAUCUUGUCACUGUACAAAAUCUACAAAAGAAACACCAGGCACUGGAAGCUGAAAUUCAGGCCCAUGAACCUCUGAUAAGCACAGUGAUAAGCAAAGGCAAGCAGAUGAUACGCAUCGGACAUUUUGCAUCGACCAGUGUGGAGGCUAAGCUGAACCAAUUACAAUCUUCCCUUCAACAAUUGAAAGAUUUAUCUAGCAUAAGAAAGUUAAGACUUCUAGAUGCUGUGGAAUCUCAGACAUUUUAUUCAGAAGCAGCUGAAGCUGAAUCUUGGAUUCGAGAGAGAAAACCCCUUUUAGCAAGUUCAGAUCUUGGAAAGGACGAAGAUUCAGUGCAGUCUUUGUUGAAGAAGCUAGAUGGACUUGAAAGAGACAUUGACAAUUACAAUAACAAUAUCAUCAAGCUCGCCAAACUGAGUCAGGGUCUGAUUGAAAGAGGUCAUUUUGAUAGUGAGAAUAUACAAGAGAAACAGAAACAAGUAGAGAUCAGCUACAAUGAAUUGAAACAAUUAUCUGAAGAAAGAGGAUAUCGACUGCAAGAAAGUAAAAGGUUAUUCCAUUUCUUACGCGAUGCUGACGAAGUCGCUGCCUGGAUACAAGACCAAAUGGUGAUUGCCAGUUCUGAAGAUUAUGGCAAGGAUGUUGAACAUGUUGAAAUUUUGAUUCAGAAGUUUGAAGGAUUUCUGAGUACCGUCCAUUCGAAUGACGACAGAGUUGCAAAUUUGGAGAAUGCAGCUGCAACAUUAUUAAAAGAGAAUCAUCCAGAAUCUAAUAGAAUUAUCUCCAGAAGUAGUGAAAUCUCGCACAUGUGGGAAGAACUUAAAGAGUGUGCUCAGUCAAGACAAGAGGCUCUUGCUGGAGCCAAGCAAGUUCACACUUUUGACAGAAGUGCAGAUGAAACUAUUAGUUGGAUUCUAGAGAAAGAUAAUGUACUAUCCAAUGAAGAUUAUGGUCAUGAUUUGGAAACUAUACAAACUUUAGUCAGGAGGCAUGAAGGUUUUGAAAGGGAUUUAGCAGCUGUAAAGGAGCAGGUUGUAGCUUUGGUAGAGGAAGCCAGGAGACUCGCUACUCAAUUCCCAGAUGCAAAAGAGCACAUUGAUGUCAAACAUGAAGAUGUCGCUGAGGCAUGGAAUCAGCUGCUUGAAAAAUCAGCUGAAAGAAAAGAUAAACUACAACAAGCAGAACAGUUGCAGGCCUAUUUCGAUGACUACAGAGAACUCAUGGCAUGGUCUAGUGAAAUGAUGGCUCUCAUAACAUCUCAUGAAUUAGCAAAGGAUGUCGCAGGUACAGAGUCGCUUGUGGCUCGCCACAAAGAAUACAAAGCAGAGAUAGACACACGGCUGGACAACUUCAACAAGUUUUUUGAAACUGGCGAAAGUAUCAUAGACUCUGGUCAUUUUAUGGCCGAUGAAAUCAAAGACAAAAUUCAUAGGUUGAAAAGUUCACUGUCGCAACUUCAAUCCACUUGGGAGAAACGUCAAGUUAUUUAUGAUCAAAGUCUGGAUGCGCAGAUAUUCAAGAGGGAUGCUGAAUUACUAGAAACUUGGCUUUCUAGUCGAGAACCCAUACUGUUCAACAAAGAAUGUGGUGAUUCCAUAUCUGAUGUUGAAGAACUUAUUAGGAAACAUGAAGAUUUUGAAAAAACUAUUGAAGCACAGGAGGAAAAAUUCCUGGCUUUGAAACGUAUUACAAAGAUUGAAGAUGCAUUUACAAAACAAAAGCAAGAGGAAGAGCAGAAUCGAAAAGCUGAAGCUCAAAAGAAAGAACAGGAAAGACUUGAUGCAAUAAAGAGGAAAGAGCAAAAGAGAAUUCUCGAAGAAAGACGGAAGGAGGAUGAAAGGCGACGAACACAAGAAAUCGUUCUCAAAAAACCUAAUGACGAAAGACCAAUUGAAUUUGAAGUGGACGCUCCCUCCCCUGGUCUCAUUCCCGAAAUCCGACACCCACCCGGGCUCUACCGAUCUCCGAGUCAGAAAAGUUUAGAUGGCGACAACAAACUAUCGGUCAAAAGAGGAGAAAGCAUGAGGAUUGAAAAUUUGGGAGCCUGGAAACCGGAAUCACCCGCUCACAUGAAGCGAUCCGAGAGCAUGAGGUUAGACGAAAGACAAAAGAAACCUAAACGAACACCGAGUUUCACCACACGCAGGCGUACCCAAAGCUUCCGCCGGCAGAGAACACCGGCUGAUUUACCACCAGUCGAAAUCGAAGGGUUUUUGGACCGGAAACAGGAGUUACAGAGUGGUGGAAAAAGGGCAACUAUUAGAUCCUGGAAGACUUACUAUACUGUCGUCUGUGGUCAACUUUUGUGCUUUUUUAAAGACAAAGAAGCAUUUGUGGACAAUAGUGCUGCUGCACCCCCUGUCAGUCUACUUCAAGCCAAAUGUUCUAAAGCCAUUGAUUACACCAAAAAGAAACACGUGUUCAGGCUUCAGCUGGUAGAUGGUGCUGAAUUCCUAUUCAUGGCCCAUGACGAAAAGACAAUGUACGAUUGGAUGAAUAAAAUAGCGUUCCACGCAGCUUUGCCUCCCAGCAUGCAACUUAUGCGAUAUGAAACUCAUAAAAGCAAUAGCUCAGACAGUGUUAACUCCAGUCUUAAGGCAUCUGUUGCGAGUGAAGACAGUGCUCAUGGAAUGCACGCCAAUGACCUGCAAGACACGACAUCUGCAACAUCCAGCCAAGCUUCCACUCCAGAGUUCAGGCGUAAUGUAGCCGCAGCUCAGUCUACUCAAGAGAGAACUUUGUCAAGUAGGCCACAUCCUCCCCCCUAUGAGGAGGCUUUGUUGAGGGAUAAGUCUAAACCUCCUAUACCGCCUAGAAAUGCUCCUCCUAGAUCCAUUCCUGAUCCUCCCCAUAAAACUAAUGGUAAAGAAUCAGCAAUAUCUGUUAAAAGUAGAAUAGAAAUGUUUCAAAAUCAACAGCAUGCAGUACCGCCCCCUAUUGCUCCUAGAGUAGUUUCAUAUCCUAAUACCCAUCCACACCAUAAUGGUUCUGCCAUACAAAAUAAUCGAAAGUCGCAACCUCUCAGUCGAGACUAUCAACAAGGUAUUGAUGAAAAUUCAUACAGUGAUACGGAUCACUCUAGUUUGUCUUUAAAUUCUGCUCCUCCUCCUUUACCUCAAAAACCCCCUCCCCAAGCUUUUCCAUCUCACAACAUUCCCGAUUCAGAUGACGACUGGCAUCAUAUGUCUGAGGGUGAAACAGACAAACAUGCUAUCUACAGGAAGCAAGAACUUAGAGGACAAAAUUCUGACUUUGUAAGUUAUAGACAGUCCUAUGAAUCUACAGAGACAUCAAGGCAUUUAUCACUUCCUUACAAAGUGCAGCCAAUGCCAUCUGGUGGCCAGAACCGUCCAUUCUCCACAUUAGAAGUCCGCUCGAGGACCACCUCGUCUGAGGGUUCUUCCGAAGGUGAAGUAGUUACUAAUGACAGGAAAAUCAAGGAAAAGAAAAAAGGAGGAAUGUUUGGUUUUCUCAAAAAGAAAUAAUUAAGUCCACUUUUAUUAUAAAUGUAAAAUAAGAGAUUAUAUAUUUUGUACAUAGACUCAAAACUCAAGAGUUGCAUUUAACAAACUGAAAGAAAAGUGUUUUGUGUUUCGUCUGUAUAUAUAUUUAGAGAUGAAUUCUAAUUAUAUUACUUACAUGGCUCUAUGAAUCUCACUAUUGUGAAUCAUGUUUUGUGACAGCUAUUUAAAAUUUUGAGGCUAUUCUCUAUAGUUUUGUUUUGAAGAGCACGCCAUACCGUGGAAGAAAAUUUUCGUUGCAAAUUCUCUUUCUCCUACAUUACUAAUUUAAAGUGUAUAAAAAGUGAGUUCAGACAAACCUAGAGUAAUCCAUGAAGUUUCAAAUACCGAAAAGAAAAUUAUAAAAUAUACAAAUGAAAAUAAAUUAUAAGAUGAUAUUAGAACGCAACGAAGAAGUUCUCUUCUAAUAAUUUGUUUGCAUUUUAAUAUUUUGAAGUAUAUUUCUCAGCAAUUGAAACUUCAUGACAAACUCUAGGUUACUUUUUUUUUCCUUUUAAAUUAGUAAUGAAGGAUAAACAGAAUUUGCUGCGAAAAUUUUCUUCCACGGUAUGGCGCGCUCUUAAGAAUCUAUUGAACUACAAUUUGAUUGAUAGUAGUUUGAAGUCAAUUUUAACUGACAAAUUUCAUUUUGUAAUGAAUUGUUACUAAAAAAAAUAAGUGUAUGUGACAGUUUUUUAAAAUUCUGAGACUAUUAUUUAUACUUUUAAGAAUUCAUUAAGUAACAAUUUGAUUAAUAGUAGCUUGAUGCAAUUAUUAAUGGAGUCAACUUCAACUGAAAAAACUUGAUUUUGUGAUGAAGAAAAGAUAUAAGUGUCUGUGACACCAGUUUACUGUGUAAUCGAUGGGUUAACUGCAAGAUUUUUAUUUUCUGGUAGAGAAGUUUUAUAUUUUAUUUAAAUCUUGAAUAAUAUUUUAUAUAUAAAUGCAUAAAAUAUGGAGAUAAUUUAAAUCUCAACCAAUUAAUCUUUUUUCUUUUCAGUUAUAAACUGAACAAUUUUAAAUAAAUUGUGAAGAAAAAUAUUUUAUUUAUAUGAAGUUUUAUAUUUUAGUAAAACAUUUAGGAAUAUUUUUAACAUAAAUGUGAAAAAUAUGCAAUUAAUUUAUAAAUGGGAAUGAUUUUACUUGUUGAACUUACAAUAGAUAUGUAUUGAAUGAAAAUUUAUAAUAAGAUAUAUUUUUUCAAAGUAAUAUAAGUAUAUUAUAUAUAUAUUUCAAAUUAAGAGUGAUUAUUAAUGUUUUAUAAUAUUUUAAAAAUUGUGUAGUUAAAAAAAAAAAUCUUGAACAAAGUUUCUACUCUAGAAUAUAAAAACUGUGCAAUAAAUACGUAUAUUUUAAUCGAGUCAUAUCAGUACUCAAUAAAUAUUUUGUUACAUUUUUA